CAGAGACUGACGCUGGAUACAUGGAGCUUGCUGGGUGUGUGAGUGCCUCCCAAAGAAGAGUUCCCAGCGCCACGGCUCCCAAGACCUCUGCCAAGCUGGGCAAUGUCAGUCUGGUCAUUGGACACAAGUCGCGGCAGGUGGCAAAAGUGGACGUGGCUGUGCCCCAUCAGGACGUCAUUGUCUCCAGUCAUGCGGUCCAGCGAGUCACCGCUCUACCGCACGGCACUGACCCCAAGGACGUCCCGAUCCACAGCAGGGACGUGGCCACCCCUGCCAAGUCCCUGGACACAGCCCCAAGUGUUCCCUGGUGGGCCAUACUCGCUGGGCUCCUCCUCCUCCUCCUCUUCCUCCUCACCCUUUUGUCUGAGGUACAAGUUGUUUCUGGCUGCCACAAUGUCUUGGGGCUCCAGUAA